CGAAAGUCUCUAGCAAAUCAGUCAUCUCUCGUUCGUGUUGUGAGCUAACCGCUUGAAUCCUCCCGUAGAAAUAGUUUUAAUAAUUUUUGUAAUGGAAACAACAAAAGUCUACUUGAUCGUUUGCUGUGUGAUUCUCGGAAUUCUAAAUAGUCACGGCUACACAUACAUUGAACAGAAUGCAGUAAACAAAGAUUUCCCUGGAGAAUGCUAUGAUAAGAACACAAAAAUUCACUUCAAGCCCGGCGAAACCCGACAACGACCAGGUCUUUGUGAAACUAUGACUUGUGGACGUGAUAAUUCGAUUGUCUACUAUGGAUGUGGAGUAUCUAUGAUGGAUGAACCUAAUUGUGUAAAACUAGAACAAGACUUCAGCAAAGGCCAUCCUGAUUGCUGUACUAAGUAUAAAUGUGAAAUUGAAGGAAAAAUUUAUUAUUUGUAACUUCCUGCGACUAUCAAUAGUUUGUUGAAUAUAAAUAUGUUAUUGGUAAAUAAAAUUUUCGUUACAUCUUCUGUACAAACCAGA